CACAAGUAAUCUGAACUCUCACCUGAACACAUCUAACUAACAAUGUCUUUGCUUCCGUAUUUCUACGACUACGAUUUCCAAUUCCCGCGAAGGGCUUUCGACCAGAGUUUCGGGCAUGGUCUGGCCCCUGAGCUCCUAAUGGCGGCCAGUCCCCUCCGCCACCGCCUGCCCUACUGGCCGCGUCUGCCAGCUGACGUCGGUUCUUCAAUCAAGACUGACAAAGACAGCUUCCAAGUCAACAUUGACGUGCAGCAUUUCGCCCCAGAAGAGAUCACAGUGAAGACGGCAGACGGCUUCAUAGUGGUCGAAGGAAAGCAUGAAGAGAGGAAGGACGAGCACGGGUUUAUAUCGAGACAGUUCGUGAGGAAAUUCAAGUUGCCGGAAGGUUGCGACUUGGAGGCCGUGCAGUCUAAGCUGUCUUCAGAUGGGGUGCUGUCGGUGGUGGCUCCGAAGAAGGUUGAGGCGGUGAAGGGAGAGCGCAGUGUGCCCAUCUCCCAUACGGGACCUGUGCGCAAGGAGGUCAAAGAUGACCUGACGGUCGAACCCAAGGAUGAAGGGAAGAAAUGAGUUGAGUGUCGUUCGCUUGGUAAUGUU